AAUAAGGGAAAAGAAAAACGAAAACUCUCAUUUUUAAAAAAAAUUCAAUAGAACAUUCGUUACUGGAGCGUGGUAUAACAUUCCGGCGACUCUUAGCCGACGGCAAGGCUUUUCGCUGACUGAUAUUGUAGGAAUCUGCAGUAACCGAAACAUUAUCCAUUUAGCGGAGGGAGAAGGGUAGCUACCGAAAAUGAGCUUCACCUGUCUAUUGUUAAACUCAUUAACGCCGUCAGUGUUUCCCGUUAAAAGAUACGGCAAAUCCACACGGUCGUCAGAAUUCCGGUGCCGGAAAACCAGAAAGUCAUCGUCAAUGAAAGUCUAUAGUCGUCUCGAUAAGUCUACCGAAAGCACCAAUGCUCAGCAGCAACAGCUUAAUCUUUCCGUUCUUCGUUUCACUCUCGGUAUACCUGGAUUGGACGAAUCUUAUUUACCGAGAUACAUUGGCUACGCAUUUGGUUUUCUUUUGGUAUUGAAUCACUUUCUCGGUUCAGACUCAUCCGCCAUCACCGCAGCACAGCUCAGAACGGAAGUUUUAGGUGUUUUUCUGGCUGCGUUCUCUGUUAUAGUUCCCUACCUUGGGAAGUUUCUUAAGGGUUCAGUUCUAGUAGAAGAAAGAAAUCUUCCUGAAGAUGCUGAGCAAGCCUUUGUCAUCUCAGAGAACAUACCAGAUAUUCUGAAGGAGGAUUUGGCAUGGGGAACCUAUGUUUUGUUGCGCAACACAAGCACCAUAUCAGUGCUUUUCUCACUUCAAGAUACAAUUUGUGCUCGUGGCUACUGGAGAACCCCCAAAGAUGUAUUGAAAACUCACUUAUGUGACUGGUUUGAGAAACAGAUUCAGCAAAGUGGUCUUCGUGAUUUGAAGGAGACACUUUAUUUUCCACAGGUCUCAGACUCUGAACUGUGGGAGAUGCUUCCAAAAGGAACCCGUUCUCUCCUUGUGCAACCUGUAAUACAAGCUGAAACCUCAAAUUCCAGCCAAAAGUGGAAGAAUGAUGGUUUUGUACUUGUGGCUUCCAGCAAUAGUUACGCAUACAACAAUAAAGAUAGAGCCUGGGUUGGAGCUGUCGCAAAGAAGUUUGAAGGUAAGUGCAUCCAUGCAGAUCUAUAGAGCCUCUAAUAUUUCUUCAAAAUGUGCUAUAAACAAGUGCUGAAAAUUACUUAUCAAAAAUAAAAUUGUUCAAAAUUUGCUCAUUGAGCUAAUUUAAUGACAUCCAUAAAGCUUUAAAGCAGCGAUUAGGUGCAAGCUUGGUUGCAGAUAUGCUAUACUGUGUACUAGUUGAGUUUCCCUUUUUUGUUGACAUCUCUUGAUUCUACUCGCUGCCCAAGGCAAACAUUUAAGUUAACCUUUUUGCUGCUAGAUGUCUUAUUUCUUUACCAUAUACAUAAAUCAGGGAAUGUGUUCAAUAUUUCCUUUUGAAAAAAGCUUCACCCAUGGUGUAUCAUUGCAUGCUUGACACGCUAUUGUGAAAAAAAAUAGUGAAGAAGAAGAGUUAAAUUUUGGUAGAUGGUACUUAAUAAGCUUGUGGUAGAGAUUAUCCAUCACAUUUUAUUCUGAUGUAUUUAAUAAUUCAGUUUUCUGCUGAUAAAUCUAAUAGCUUGCCUUUCUGAUUUAAGCUUUAUGUGCUAGACCACCCUUUCCUUCCUCGCCCUCAAUGGAAAGAAAAUAAGUGAAAGCUUAGUUUCUGACUAUAGCAAGGGUAACAGCUAGUAUCCAGAACUUAUGAUAUUAUAAGCAGCAUUCAAGACUCCGUGGACCGUGGUAUUUGUAAAUUAAUUCAAGUCUUAAAAAUCCAGCAGGCUAUAGACACAAAUUUUUGUAUGUAGUAGAUCCUCUUUUGGAUCAACCCACUAAUAUAGACUCAUUCAUUUCUGUCGAUAAAUCAGGCUACAUUCUGCUAGCCCGAUAAGGCAUGUAGUAUCAUAUAAAGUAGGGAUGCAGUAAUAUGGUCAAGAGAUGCAUGGCACCUGAACAUCCCCUGUAAUAAACAUCAUUGGCCCUCUUAAUUUUUCAGGAAAGUGGUCAAUACUGAACCUAAUCAUGUCCACAAAUUCCAUGCAAGGACAUUAACACAAUUUUGUAAAAGUGUUACGGCCUGCAAGGACAAUUGGUCCUUUUGAUUUUUGAUAUCAAGAUACCGAAUAAGAUUAGGAUCUUUCACAUCUGAAUUCUCUAAACGGAGCUUGCACUGAGUAGCUUAAUUUGGUUCUGAUUUGAAUACUGUUUGAAAUGUUCUGGGGAUAAAACUGUUUCUGGGGCAAAGAAUCAUUUCUUAAACCGCAUUUACAACCUGUUCAAUCUGAAGGUUGCUAAAUCUGGAUAGGUGUAAAAAAAACAUCAAAGAGAUAAGAGGACCCUAUUGAGGAUGUGGGUAGAAAUCUAGGGGUUGUUUGGUAGCUGGAUAAGAAACAAGUUAUCCAUGUAUUAAUAUUCGUAUAACUUAUACAACGUUUGGUAGGUAGAUAGGAAAUAAGUUAUUCAUAAAUAAAAUUAAUAUGACGUUUGGUUGACAAUUUAGAAACCCGCAUAACUUAUAGAUAACUUAUCUUAUAGAUGUAUAAGUUAUGAGAGAAUCUAUGUAUUAUUUUAUGCAGGAUAGAAGAUGGAAUAACUAAUACAUGAAUAACUAAUCCCUGCCUAAAAUAAUACAUAGAUUCAUGCAUUAGCUCUGUGUAAUACUAGUACCAUGUUGGCAUUAGUUAUACACUCUAUUUGGUAUUAAGGUAUGCAUAACUAAUACAUGAAAAUCCAUGGUAUUAGUAAUGCAAAGGAUUUUAAUGCAUGCAUUAGCAUGAUUAAAGACACAAUUGUCGCUCAAAACCUAUUCUACAUCCGUUCCACCAUAUUUAUGAAAGGUAUUUUUGUAAACAAAUAUUUUUUAGAAAUAAUGCAAUACCAAUUAUUUUUAAUACACCAAACCAAACACUGCAUUAGAAAUAAUCUCAGGCCUUAGCAUAACUAAUGCAACCUGCAACCAUAACUAAUACAAUCAUUAUUAAUGCCAACAUUACUAAUACACUAUGUUCGGCACUAUUCUUAUACACCCUACCAACCGACCCCUAACAGAGUCCGUCCACAAUGAACGAAUUGAUUAUCUUCAUGCAUAAGGUUACUAGAUAUUCCUAAUAGGAAAAAAAGUGCUUAUUUAUCGAUAAUGGUGGGUCAUGCUGUUGUGGUAGAUCAAACUGGGAGUAAUGUAGGUGAAAAUAACUUCUGUUUGAUAAGUAAUGUAGGUGGCAACACUCUUUCUAACAAGAGCUUCACUACGGAGUUCUGAUGAGACCCAGUGCAUUAGUGUUGUUAUAGUUGCAUUCAUGUAGGUGACAGUGAUUGACGACCUUUGAUCAUCAGUAGAUUCGAGCAAUAUUGAGUAAUAGCUCCAAAAAUCUUGUAUGAACACCAUAAAUUAUGUCGAACCAUUACAAUUCUUCUGUUUUACUGUGUAAAUAUUUACCUUAGUAAAUCUCAACGCUAAAGAUUUUUUAUUAAAACACCAAAUCUGGUUAGCAUUUGUUUGGAGAAUAUUACAUGCUUUUAUUACCAAAAAGAGGUUAAAGAAAAUUUAUGGGAGUUUUAAUUCCAUAUCCCAGCUUUUAAUGGGUAGCUAUCAAAACUUUUUUUAUGGUGCUCAGCAAAUUAAUGACCCAGAGUACGACUUCCAUUAGUCUCUAGGACCUCCCCAUCUGGUUGCAACUUCUUUAAUGCUUUUAUUGGCUAUAGUUGUCCUUUCUCUAUUAAUUUUCUGCAAAUUACCAUAUUCAAGUUUCUGUUUGAGCAUGUCAGGAUAUUGCAAAUGAUCCAUCAUAAGAAUGGUUUGUGCAAAGGAGAAAUUGCUAUCCAAUCUAUGAACAACAACAACAAUCCAGUGAAAUUCCACAAAGUGUACGCAGACCUUACUCCUACCAAGGUAGGACGGCUGUUUCCGAGAUAUAUCCCUUUGUUCUUUAGGCUUUGUUGUGAUUAAUUUCUCCUUUACAGGAACGCCUAGUGCAAGAUAUAUAUUUUUUCUUUAAACAGUAGAAGCCAGCUGUCUUAGUUAUUAGCUUUAAGGUUAGUCAUUGGUUCCUAUGUAAAUUUGGUUUGAAUAGUCUCUUAUUUUUCAAGUAUUUGGCGAUUUAUCUUCA